AUGACAGAAAGCCAGCAUCAACUGAAUAUCUCCCAGGAUGUCUACUUCGAGAUCGCAGCGUCCGACAUCAAGGUCGUCAAGAACGGCGACACAUGGCAGGUCGAGGGUCGUCCCCGCGAGGAGGUCACAGUCCUCAAUGUCUUCCACCCUUCCAACCUCCCCGGAAAGCAGAUUGUCGUGGUCAAGAUCAGGCUGGGCCCUAACGCUGCCUCGCCGCCUCACACGCACAGCGGCGCCUCCAUCGUUGCUGUUGUGACCGAGGGGACUCUCCUCAACCAGAUGAACAACAAUGACCCGCUUAUCUCGUCGCCGGGGGAGAUCUUCUAUGAAGCACCCGGGUGCCACCACGUUCGCUGUGAGAACAACACCCAGGAGGGGGGUGCCUUUGUGGCGGUGCUGAUUAUCGACGAUGAGGUUGUUGAGAAGGGCUACGAGAAUAUCUUUGUCUUGGAUGCUGAGAAGGAGGGUCGUUAG